GGACUGAAAGAAGCCAUGGUUUCUCACCGGAAGGCAACUCCCGGAAGGGGGCUAAAAUUCAAGGUCAAGUUACGGGGCAGCCGCAGUGCGGGAAGCGGCGGAGACGACGACCGCGAACCCUCGCCGCCACCGCCGUUCUUAUAUCCUGACCUUACGACGCUGUCCACCUCACCGCUUCCGCCUCAGCCGCCGCGGGGAAGCAGCGGAGACGACGACGACGACCGCGAACCCUCGCCGCCACCGCCGUUCUUCUAUCCUGACCCGUCGGCGGUUUCCACCUCAGCGGUUCCGCCUCAGCCGCGGCGGGUAAGCAGCGGAGACGACGACGGCGAACCCGCACCGCCACCGCCGGUCUAUUUUGACCCUUCGGCGGUUUCCAUCAAGUAUACGAUUGAAGAAGACGAUGAUGAUGAUUGGGAUAACGUGGACCCUGUGGAGGAUGAAUUGCUGGAUGAUGAGGAUUGGAAGAAAGAGAAGCCGACAGGAUCAUCUGAUGAGAAAUUCUACUUUGCACUCUUCAUGAGCAUUCAAAAAAGCCUCCCACGUGAUAUUUUUCGGCAAGACUCUGUGCCGCUCAACAAAGAUGUAUAUUUUUCUCUGUGGAAAAACUGGGACCGGCUGCUGGAUGGCAAGAGAACAUACCUCCGACCACCAAAGGACCACUGUGCUACCAGUGGUAUUUUCCGGUGUCCGGAUGCUCGAACAAGGACAUUAGGAGGCCCGGAACCACUCUUGGAUUUGGUUAAGGAAUAUCCGAAUAAGUACAGGAUCCGGGAAAUGAUCAAGAUUCUUAGUCAGCACUAUGUGCUCUUCAGACGAACACGCCGAGAUGGCAACUGUUUCUACAGAGCUUUCCUUUUCUCCUACUUGGAAAACCUUGGGCAAAUGCAGGAUAGUCAAGCUGAAGCUACUCGUCUAAUGGAACGUGUGGCAAUGUACAGAGAGAAUUUCUGUCGUCUGAAAUGGGAUAUGGCUUACUUUUUAAAUCCUGAAGAAUACUUCUCAAGUGUUGUUUCUGAGUUUAAUGAUUUGGUCAACUCAGUUGCAAAUGGUGGGAGUUCUGACAAGCUCUACAAGAGAAGUCUACAGGAGAUAAUUUCACUCAGGAUUCUUUCUUUGCUAAGAUUGCUGACAGAGACAGAGAUCCGUACACGAGAAGAGGAUUAUAGAGCAUUUUGCCCUGCAGGAGUUAGUGUCUUUCAGUAUUGCUGGACGAAUGUGCGUCCCAUGGAUGUUGAAGUCUUGACAUUACCAAUGAGGGCUCUAACGUAUGCACUCGGCAUCCCAUUGCGUGUUGAAGCUGUUGGUGGAGGCAAGACGGAUGGAAUUAUACAAGUUAAGCGCCUUGAUUUCUUCCCUCGGUCAGAAUCAGGGAAGGGUCUUCUUCAUUUAGUUGAAAGCUACUGGUCGUCGAUGACAGCCCCAGAACCACUGGAGAUGGGAAGUGGCAACUUGUUUUCAUCUGAUGGCACACCUUUGCUGACCUUGCUGUGUAGGUAUAACCAGUGCGGCAUUCUUUAUCGCAAGUGAACAAACUAUACAAGCACUGUUCUCUAGCCUAGUUUUUGCGGGAACUCUAGCCUACUUGACAAAAAAAAAAUCCUGGAUGAUGACAUAGAAUGGCUGUGUGUUUUCCUUUGGGGGCAUCUGCCUUCGUACUACUGGUGAAGCUGUGGUAACUGUUCUGAGCGAAAGCCACAGGCUGCUUCAGUAGCUUGGUUUCUUUAGGGAACAAAUACUAGGAACUGGAUACAUGUUGUCAUUAUGUCCUUGCAUAGGGAAUACAUAUAUGUUGUGCUUGUUCAGACUGUCGAUGUGCUCAGUCACUUAUGUUACUGGGGGGUGCAAGUAGUUGUCUGAACAAAUCGAGAUGAAUAAUCUUCAGGAAGAUCAAUUCUAGUGAUGGUGCGUACCAUGAGGAUAUCCAUACUGGUGAUGUGGGUUUUGUGAUGCAGAAACUUUGCUGUGGUUCCGUGUCUGGAAACAAAAUCAAGCAUUUUAAUAUUUUGCUCUACAUGUAUAAAUAGUUUCUUCAGGUUUCGUUCUGUGUUCCAGAUGGUAUUGACCCAGUUAAGGUACUAAAUCAGAAAAGAGAUUAUGAGAUGCUUGUAAUUAGACCAUGUGAAGUUUGGAUAAUUAAUUUUGUACAACAAGUUUA